AUGGGUAAUAGCUGUUGCUGCAUUCAAGUUAAUCAGUCCACGGUGGCUGUCAAGGAGAGAUUUGGAAAAUUCGAUGAGGUACUACAACCCGGGUGCCACUUCGUUCCUCGUAUUCUUGGGUAUAAGAUUGCUGGUAGUCUCUCACUCCGACUGCAUCAGUUGGAUGUGAAAUGCGAGACGAAGACCAAGGGCAAUGUGUUUGUUACUGUUAUUGCAUCUGUGCAAUACAGAGUCGUUGCAGACAAACCAGAAGAUGCAUUUUACAAACUCAGCAACCCGAUAAAUCAGAUUCAGGCCUAUGUGAUUGGUGCGAUCGUAGCUAGCAUUGGAAAGCUGGACUUGGAUGAGGCUUUUGAGAAAAUGAAUGAAAUUUCCAAAGCUGUUGAAGAUGAACUCGCACAGGUUAUGUUGGCCUAUGGAUGUGAGAUUGUAAAAACGUUGAUCAUCAACAUUAUACCGGAUGAGCGUGCUAAGCAAGCUAUCAGUGAAUUGAAUGCUGAAAUUAGACUUUAUUUGGUGCUUAAAAUCUACUUCAAAGUAUAUUUUGAUCUGAGAUCAUAUUUGAGUUUACUGAAAGUUCUAUUUUUGUUUUGGACCGCGGUUGCAGCAAACCUUUCUGGGAUGGGUACUGCAAGUCAGCGUCAAGCCGUCGUGGAUGCUUUAAGAAAUGGCGUGAUUGGCUUCUCCGAGAGCGCCCCAGGAACAACAGUAAAGGACGUCAUGGACAUGGCUCUCACAACUCAGUACCUGGACUCCAUCAAGGAAAUAGGUGCAAAAUCGAAAUCUUCUGUCAUACUCAUUCCCCACGGUCCUGGUGGAAUUCGUGAUGUGGGCACCCAGAUCCGUGAUGGUCUUGUUCGAGCUUCAACAAGCCAGUGAUUGUUUCUUAGCGUUCAAACUAGACUUAGUAUGUCUUUUAUUGCUUCAUCACUCGUGAGGAAGAAAUUUUUCCUCUGAAGAGUCUUAACAUAGUGGUUUAUAGUGUG